UCUAGCCAGAUACCGGAAGUAAGCGAUGUACGGCCAACUUGUUGUCAGAUAGUUUGGUGCGUAACUCUUUACAACAAAAGUAAACUUUCGAGUCGAAAUUUUCAAUAUGGGCACCACAGCAAGUCAACUUGGGAAGGACUUACUCUCAGAAUAUCAAGAGCUGACUUUCUUGACAAAACAAGAAAUUCUUCUCGCUCACAAGAGAUUCACUGAACUGCUGACAAAAGAUGAGAAAGACCUUCCAAAUGUCAGAGUACCAAUGGAGAGGAUUCUCACUCUGCCAGAGCUCAAGUCCAACCCUUUCAGGAAAAGAAUCUGCCAUGUUUUCUCAACAUCUGAUCAGAAAGAUGGAGGCCUCACAUUUGAGGACUUUCUGGAUCUCUUGAGUGCCUUCAGCGACUCUGCUACACUGGAAAUUAAAUCCCACUAUGCAUUCCGUAUAUUUGACUUUGACGAUGAUGGAACUCUUGACUGUGGUGAUCUGGAGAAGCUGGUAAACUGCCUGACGGGUGAGACAGACGACACAAGACUAACCCCUGAAGAAAUGCGACAGCUCAUCAACAAUAUUCUUGAAGAGUCCGACAUUGACAAAGAUGGAACCGUGAACCUCUCAGAGUUUCAGCAUGUCAUCUCAAGGUCGCCAGAUUUUGUCAGUUCUUUCAAGAUUGUGCUGUGAAGACCUCCAGCAGGCUUUGAAUACGCACCACCCUUUAACAUUCAUAUGGUGCUUAUUUUCAGUUAGAAAAUUUUAGAUAUUUGCCUUAACUUAAUUUACCUCUGGAUUUUACUGCCUUAACUAUUUUAUGCAUUGUUUGUGAAAUAUAAAAACCUGUGAUUUUUUUAAUUUCUAAGAAGAAAAUUAAAAAUAUUUUCCAAAACUA